AUGGGGGAGAGGACUCAUGGGGAGAGGACUCAUGGGGAGAGGACUCAUGGGGAGAGGCCUCAUUGGGAGAGGACUCAUGGGGAGAGGACUCAUGGGGAGAGGACUCAUGGGGAGAGGACUCAUGGGGAGAGGACUCAUGGGGAGAGGACUCAUGGGGAGAGGACUCAUGGGGAGAGGACUCAUGAGGAGAGGACUCAUGGGGGAAAGGACUCAUGGGGAGAGGACUCAUGGGGGAAAGGACUCAUGGGGAGAGGACUCAUGAGGAGAGGACUCAUGGGGAGAGGACUCAAGAGGGAGAGGACUCAUGGGGAGAGGACUCAUGGGGGAAGGACUCAAGAGGGAGAGGACUCAUGGGGAGAGGACUCAUGGGGAGAGGACUCAUGGGGGAGAGGACUCAUGGGGAGAGGACUCAUGGGGAGAGGACUCAUGGGGAGAGGACUCAUGGGGAGAGGACUCAUGGGGAGAGGACUCAUGGGGAGAGGACUCAUGGGGAGAGGACUCAUGAGGAGAGGACUCAUGGGGGAAAGGACUCAUGGGGAAAGGACUCCUGGGGGAGAGGACUCAUGGGGAGAGGACUCAAGAGGGAGAGGACUCAUGGGGAGAGGACUCAUGGGGGAAGGACUCAAGAGGGAGAGGACUCAUGGGGAGAGGACUCAUGGGGAGAGGACUCAUGGGGGAGAGGACUCAUGGGGGAGAGGACUCAUGGGGAGAGGACUCAUGGGGAGAGGACUCAUGGGGGAGAGGACUCAUGGGGAGAGGACUCAUGGGGAGAGGACUCAUUGGGAGAGGCCUCAUUGGGAGAGGACUCAUGGGGAGAGGACUCAUGGGGAGAGGACUCAUGGGGGGAGGACUCAUGGGGGAGAGGACUCAUGGGGAGAGGACUCAUGGGGAGAGGACUCAUGGGGAGAGGACUCAUGGGGAGAGGACUCAUGGGGGGAGGACUCAUGGGGGGAGGACUCAUGGGGGAGAGGACUCAUGGGGAGAGGACUCAUGGGGAGAGGCCUCAUUGGGAGAGGACUCAUGGGGGAGAGGACUCAUGGGGAGAGGACUCAUGGGGAGAGGACUCAUGAGGAGAGGACUCAUGGGGAAAAGGACUCCUGGGGGAGAGGACUCAUGGGGGAGAGGACUUAUGGGGGAGAGGACUCAUGA